AUGCCUCUUGAGUUAGUGGUAUUGAACAAGGUGGCCCCUCACGAUUACGGCGUGGAGCCCCCUUUUGAUACGCCGUUGGUAGACUCUCCGCCGGAUGACCUUAUCGCAAAAAUCACGGCAGAUGUUAAAAUCCCACUUCUCAAUACUCAUGAUAAGUCUAGAGCUACUGCGGUCAAGUUAAAGCAUCCAGUGCUCAACAUCCGCCGGCCCAAGUUGAGCAACGGCAAGACGUGGCUAGCAUUGGACAGUCAGAGUUACGAUUACUUCUGUUCACGAGGCAAGAUCGCCAGAGGAGACACGGGACAGUCGAUCUUCAGCUACGACUAUCUUGCCAUGCCAAUCUAUGGCGGCACCACAGAGCCUGCGUGGUUGCUGCUGUAUGACUCCCUCGGGAUGCAUGCUGCGGGGGGUAAUGCUUUCAAGAGCAUGACCAACUUGCUUGGCAUGGCCUUCGAGAAGGAGCAUGAAAACCGCACGAUAGAAGAGUUGAAGGCGAGGCUUGGGCGAUUCAAGCCACAGGUCAUGCAGGCAUGGCAGAUGCCUCUGCAGCAGAACGAUUAUGACUGUGGCAUCUUCGUAUGCCAGUACAUUCAAGCGCUAGUGGAGGCGUGCUUCGAUGGUGCUGAGAAUGGGGUGCGGUUCAGCAUGAGCCCACUAGCAUACCGACGUGGGUUACGAGAGGAUGUGUGCGCCCUUGCAGAAGGACGACUGAUAGGCGAGCUAACGGCAGCUGGGCAUGAGAUCCCUCCUGGCAAUGAGAUUAGGAAACCACAUGAGCCGGAGCCUGGCGUUGGCGGUGACGCUGCAGGGGACGGGCAUGGUGAUGUGGGAGGUGAUGAUGGACGAGGUGAACCUGCACAUGUGGAAGUCAUGGCUGGGGACAAUGCUGGCACCCGUGACAUCAUGAGAGGUGCACAUGUUGAAGGUCCUGGGGCUGACGCUGAGACGGGUGAAGGUGGGAAGGUCGGUAUGCGUGACGGCGUUGGGGAGGGUGAUAUGGCUGACGGUGCGACGAAUGACAAUGAGAAAGUGGGGGUGCGGGUUGAAGAUGCCGGAGGCUUGUUGGGUACUACGGAUGGUAACAAAGGUGCUAGAGAGGCCGUGGGUACUGGGCAAGGUGUGACAGCAUCGAAUGUGGAUGUGGAUUUGGUGUCAGCAUACAGCACGGGGACUGAGACGACGAGUCGCAACACUGCGCGUGGUCGAGCUCCUAGCUCAGGUUAUACUGGUGUGAGCAGACGGGAAGGUAAGUGGGCGGCACGACUGUGCGUAGAUAGCGUUGAAAACAAGUGGCUUGCGUUGGGACGGUAUACCGAGACCUUGGAUGCCGCAAAAGCAUUUGCGGCAGCCGCCCACAUCUGCCGACCGUCUCUCUCCAGCUCUAAGAUGGUGGAGUUGAGUGUGGAGGAGAGGAGGUGCUUGGAGGGUCUGACGUCGCAAGGGGUUGAGAGGAUAGUGGAGGCCAAGCGGUGGGCAGAGUGGAGGAAAUGGCGUACAGUGCUCAGCAGCCUCCCUGAGCCUUCCACCCUAGCACCAGCAGGAGUUCACACACAUGCUCCACCUCCCUUUUCCCUCCAGCACCCUGGAGCCACGUUUGGCAACUACCACCCGCCAGCCGCCGCCUUCGCGGGACACGCCGGUGGAACCACAGGACCUGGUGGAUGGCAGCCAUACACCCAGAGCCACCCUCCUCCCAACCUCCAUUUUCCAUCCCAGCAGUUCGCAUUCAACCAAAUACCUAUCCAUCCAUUCAGCCAUGUGCAAGCACCUAUCUCCGUACACCCAGCCCCUUCAGUACACAUUGCUCCCAACCCUGCAGGCAAUACCGCUGCACAGAACACUGCACCCCAUCCGCAUGUCCAAUCCACACCACCAGCCGUUGCACCUGGCACGGCACAUCCAGUAACAGACCCACAAGCCCUACAAAUUCCGCCCUCUGAGCAAACUGCUCAGGCCAGGGUAGCUGGCAUGACGGAAUCACAGCACAGCUUGAGCAUGUCGACUUCACCCAACAAUCCCAACCCCCCUUCUCACGGCUCCGCACUGGCAAGCGAACCGGCACAAGGGGCAGCGGACGACAUCAUCGAUGCGUUCCUCGGUCAAGCAACGCAAUAA